CAAAAUGUAAAAUUACAAACGCUUCAUUUUCAGAUAAAUAUUAAAAUUGGCUUUAGAAAUGCGAUAUUUGUUAUCUUGUAAACGCGAAUGAGACAAUGUAACGAGACUAAAUCUUUCACGAUGUCAACUUUAUCGUGGAAUGAGUUGUUCCCAUCUAAAUUAAGUUUUAUUAUAUUUUUUGGGUACAUAUUUUUGUUUGUGAACCAAGGAAUUCUUGUAACUGCAUCACAAAAGUCUAAUAAUCAGUAUGACUACAGUAUUGUAACAGUAGUUUUAUUUACCGAAAUUUUGAAAUUGGUGAUUUCUAGCCUUCUGUACUUAAGAGAAAAUACUUCAUCACAAUUAAUAAAAGACAUUGCGAACAACAGGAAAGUCCUGGUGCUGUAUUUUGUGCCAGCUUUCUUAUAUUGUUUUUACAACAAUUUAGCCUUUAUAAAUUUGUCAUCGUUUGAUCCCACGACUUAUUACUUAUUACUGCAAUUUAGGGUAGUCGUCACCGGAAUUUUAUUUCAGGUAAUUUUUAGAAAAGUAUUGAGCAUAAAACAAUGGAUUUCAUUGAUAAUACUAACGUUAGGUUGCAUGUUGAAACAAAUAAACUUUACUCAGGAGCACAAUUCGAGUCAAGCUAUAAAUAAAGCAUCUUCUGUAUCUUUUGGACUAGACGCAAUUUUUAUAUUUAUUCAAAUAAUAUGUUCGUGUUUAGCUGGCGUUUACAACGAAUAUCUUUUGAAAAAACAAGGUGCCUCUAUCAAUAUAUUCGUUCAAAACGUAUUCAUGUACUUAGAUUCCAUAAUAUGUAACUUGCUCCUGUUGAUCCUAAACGGGAAUUUGUUUUACUCGUUCGCUUACGACAAUAUUGCCAAGCUGUUCCAUUACAAGGUGAUACUUGUAAUGAUUAAUAACGCAGCCAUUGGAAUCGUUACCAGUUUUUUCUUGAAAACGCUCAAUUCGAUAUUGAAAACGUUUGCGAGCGCUUUAGAAUUAGUUUUUACGGCUCUCUUGAGUUACUUGCUGUUCAGUAUUCCUAUUUAUUUGAAUACUGUAUUGAGUAUUUUAACGGUGAUGUGCGCUACGUUUUUGUAUUCGCAAAAUCCCGUGCAAAAUCCACCGAAACCAGUUCAACAUAAGGCGGAGAAAGAAGCUCUGCUUCAAAAUGAAGAAGUAUAGAGUAUAGACAACGGAUUCAUACAGGUUGAUUCUACUUUCGCCUAGUAAAGAUUAAUCGCCCUGUAUGUUAUAUAUUAUUGUGCUUUAAAUGCAAUGUGAUUUUUUAAUAGUUAGUCAAUUAGUUCAAAUUUGACUGUUACAAUAGAUAAGUUUUAAUAGACUUGUUAAUAAGACAAAUUAUUAAAAACAAAA